AUGACAGGAACAUCUCUGAUGAACAUCUUCUAUCAACAGGUAUGUGGGGGCGGGGCUGCUUUCAGUCUGUGGCUCGCGCUCAGCCGCAGCAGACGCGCGCUCCACGGGACGGGGAGAGGUCCUGAUGGAGUCGGUGUGAAUCCCGGGACUACCGACUACCGACUACCGACUACCGUGAGCCAUGAAGCCCCGAGGCGCACGCGGGCUCCUCAUCCUCCUCGCGUUGGUUUAUCAAGAGUGUCCCCAGAGUGUCCUCAGAGUGUCCCCAGAGUGUCCUCAGAGUGUCCUCAGAGUGUCCGCAGAGUGUCCUCAGAGUGUCCUCAGAGUGUCCGCAGAGUGUCCCCAGAGUGUCCCCAGAGUGUCCUCAGAGUGUCCUCAGAGGACUGA